CGCGACCGAAGCCCAUAGCACUGGGGCUGGAAAAUCGCACGAUUUUUUUUGGCGUUGCUCUCGUUCCCCACACAGAACCUCCACAGUCCGUCCAACACAUCAUUGAGUUUGUGGCAGUCUCGGGAUAGACACACGGGGAUAGUCACGAUUAAAACUUUUCGCAACGAGAGAGCACGUCGUGAUUGUCGUGAUUGCUGAGCAAGCCAAAAUUUGGUGUUUGCGGUGUCGCAGAAUCAUCCGCAAUUGUCAAACGCGAAGGACACACGAGAAGUGAAAUGCGGACUUUAAAUACAGCUGUGUAGGAAGUACAUAGCAUAGAGCCAAGUGAGAGAGAGAGGAGAGCUUUCAGUUGGUGGCUAUAAUGAAAACCCGUGGUGAUGUAAAUAAUUUAUGUCGCCAAUCGAUAGAAAUGUAUAUGUAGCUGGUGGAUUGAAUAUUAUACCUAUAUAGCACAAUCGUCUCCCUCAUAGUCAUGGAAUUAAAAUGUACCCUGUGACCCCAUCGAUCGUCCUUUUUUCCUGAAUUAAUUUAAAAAAAAAAAACGAGAAGUCAGUAAAAAUAGCGCGUGGUGUAGCGUUUGCUGGGUAAUAAGAAUUGCUAUACAGCCGGUGUCACGGCCUUUCUGCACGCCUCAUCAUUUUCGACGUGUUUGGGGUGGAAUUGUGUUUUUAAAUUGCGAUUUAAUAAUAAAAUGACGUGUCACCCGUUGUAAAUAAUGUGACAACCCCAGGAAGUUGGGAGAAGGAAACAAGGAGAGGAAGAAAAAAAGCUGGGACGGCAAUCAUCGAGCAAUUAUUGAGUGAGCAAUAAUUCUGCACUCUGUGUGAGCUUUUCUCGGAAGGUCGGCGAGCUUUUGCCCAGCAAUUUCAACGUGAGAUCCUGCACUUCAAAUGUGUGACACAGUUUCACAGAAUUUUCAUCGUUCUCUCACCACCAACUUUUCCUUUCUUUCGCCUCUGUGCAUUUUGUGCUGCACCGAAGACCACUGGGCAGUGCUGCAGAGGCUUUAAAUGGUAUGCAUUUGAAAAGAGUUUCGGGAAAGUGAGCAAAAAAAAGACAGAAAAAAGGGCCCAGCACACAGAGAUCAACAAAAGACGUAGCGGAAGUCGUUGAUGGACGGGGGUGCGAGGGCGACAAAUGGCAACCGAGGUGAAUGAAAGUGCUGAAAAACCAAUGCCACCAAUUGAGUGGGGGUAUAAAAUGCGAACCCUGGGGAUUAUGGGAUUCGUCAUUCUCAUCAACACGUACCAGGCAUCUGUGGUGGCAAGUGCUGCCGACGGAGCCACAACGGUGGUAGCUCCGGGGCAGACACCCCUCGUUCGCCUCCCCUCGAACACCCUCCUCAAGUACACGGCUUACAAGGAUGUCUCCAUCCUCCAUUUCCGAGUGCCACAGGACACACGCACGGCCAUGUUUAGUUUUAAGGCGUACGAGGAAUCCAAAAGUGCCUUCCAAAGAGUGUGUCCUGAACGAGAUGUGACACUGCAUCUGAAGGCUGGGAGUUAUCCUGUAAUCAGUCCGGAAAACAUCACUUUUCCACGGCAUUUUCUAAAUGCUGAUCAAAGGUUCCAAAUAUACGAUCUGCAAUUCAAAUCCGACAGCACCACAAAGCGCCUCAAUGUGGACGGUCCGCAGCCUGGAAAUUGGUUUGCGGUGGCAUUUAUUAGCUGGACGGAUCCAAAUAAUGAUCGAAUUGAGCAACAAGGACUCUCACCAACAUGUGAAACACAGCUGCUAUCCGAGAUGUCGGUGAUUGAGGCAUUUCCGCAGACACUGAGCGAGAAUGUCCUAAUCCACGAUAGCCUGCUUACAAACUCAACUACACCGCUCACGUACAGGUUCUUCGUAACACGAGACAUUGCAACCGUAACGCUUCAGAUAACGAUUACGAAACCUUGCCUAGAAUGCUCAGACGUUUACCUGGCUAUCAACGCACAAGCACUACCAAGUUCACAGAGCUACAUACAUGGCGAUACAAUUCUCAUUAAUGAGACAAAUGUUCAUCUUGUGCAGUUCCAUGCGCAGGAGAAUGAAUGGCACUAUGUGGAUCUUAGCUUUUCAGAUAGUGCUAAUUCAUCUGAAGAUAAUCUGGAUCCGGUUUAUGAUGUUGAAUUCUCAAUAAUGCUGAUAUUCCAUACAAGGGAAAGUCACAUACCGUCCGAAGACAAAGCUCUGUCUUUUGAAGCGUACCCGCUACUACGACAAACUUACAGGGAGUUCUUUAUGUUCGACUACGAUCUUCUACCUGAUAUCAAUGGGACAGUUCCUGCAAGUCUCAAUUUGACUGCAGGAACACCGGCGCUCUUUAAGUUUGACGUAGGAGACGUCUACGAUAUCGGAGGCACGCUUAGCUUUGCCAUAUCCAUGAAGCAGGAUAUUCGGGGAAACCUUGUUGAUCAAAGUGCUCCAAUGUCCGUGACUGAGAGUGCUCCACUCUUUGCCCAGAAGCUCGUAGACACAUCAGCUGAAGACGUUGCACGACAAACUAGUGCAGGUCACAGUAAUCAAACAAUCAUCGUCUGUAUGCAUCUGGGCGUUCCAGGUGUUCCCACCUGGCCCGAUCGAUGUGUCUACGGUCGAAAUGUCUUUCCAGCUGCUAUCAUCAUCAACAAUACAGAUGCAGAUACGAGCACAGGCCUAGUUCACGUACCGUUCCCCGAGUCAGGUAGCUGGUUUGUUACUCUGGGCUUGUUUUGUCAUGGAGCCGAAACAGCUGCUAGGAUAACGAUCAUUGAUAGUGUGAAGGAGUUCGUAAAGAUGCACAAAGAGCUCCUGGUUGGAAUUAAGGCUCCAUGUGCCUGUGCUCAGCGGAGAGAAUUCUACAUUAACUGUCUCGUAGAUGAUCUCUGUUUGGCGGAGCUCAAUGAAACUGAAACAUUGAAAGUGAAGGAGUGUCUUAUGGACUCUAAGUGCACACCAAAAUAUCAGGAAAUAUCACGACAGUUUGAGAUACACCACAAGUUUGCAACCGAACAGAUUGUCAUUGACAAUGCUUCCUGCAAUGCCAGCAUUCUUUUUACGAUUUCAUCGAGUCCCUGCGUUGCAGGACGCUGUGGUCGUUACGGGCGAUGCUACCACUACAUGUCUGGUGGAUUCGUCUUCUCUACCUGCCUAUGUAUCAAGGGCUACCGUGGAUGGGAUUGUACUGAAGACAGCCAAGUUCCAUCAUCCAUGUCUAUCCUCUUGGCAUCCCUCCUGCUCACUCUGAGUAACCUCCUCUUCAUUCCCAGCAUUUAUUUCGCAGUACGCAGAAAGUACUACACAGAAGCCGUUAUUUACUUCUUUGCCAUGUUCUUCUCAACCUUCUACCAUGCUUGUGACUCCGGAGAGGAUGAGUACAGCUUCUGUCUUGUUAAGAUUGGAGUUUUGCAAUUCUGUGACUUCUACUGCGGUCUUCUAGCCAUUUGGGUUACCCUGAUCGCCAUGGCACACGUGCGUCAGGCCUUUGUAUCCCUGUUGCACAUGCUCGGAGCAAUUUUGCUUGCCUUCGGCACAGAGCUCAACAAGCAAUCCCUCUGGGUGUUCCUGGCUCCUGCUCUGACUGGAAUCUGUCUCAUUAGCGCCAGCUGGGGCCUCCGAUGUCGCAAGACGCGCAAAUGGUUCCCAGCUCGCAACUACCUCUUCUUCUACAUGCCUAUUGGGGCUGUGCUGGUGAUGGUUGGUCUUGUCUGCUAUGCGUUCCUGCAGACACGACAGAACUACCACAUUGUACACUCAGUGUGGCACAUGGUAAUGGCACUCAGCAUCCUCUGCCUCCUGCCCAAUCGGAAGACCUUCCUACCGAAAUGCUAGCAUCCGGCCCCGGCCCUUCUCACGCCGCAUCAGCAGCUCAUCGAGUCGGACUUCUACAUUUGAGCAUGCCGGCGUGAGGGGUGGAAACAGCCCUACAGAGUAUAUUUUGUCAAGAUUGAUUAACUUUUCUGUAAAACUUGUAGUUGGUAAUAAUGAAAAUCCCAUAAAAAGUCAAUGUAAAAGCACUCAGAAAUGAAAAAAAGAACUAAUGGUGAGAUACCUAACGCGUGCAUUGUUUUACUGAUUAUUUUUCUUUUCCUCAAGAAAUUUAGAUGAAAAUUGAAAAGCUAACGGAAAGAGAUUUUUCUUAAUAUGUUUUGGAAAUUUUUACUUUCAUUUGAGUUCUUUUUUUUUCAACGGCUGUAAAUUCUGUUCUUUUAAUCCUUUUAGUCUAUGAUCUUUCCAGAUUGAUUCGUAGAAAAGUUUUUUAAAAAGCUUUCUAUUCCAUCAUAACUUUAAUUAAAAAAGUUUUUCAAUGGAAUUCCUUUAAAAUAUCUUUAAUUCUUCCAACAAUAAAACAAUUAAAAAUUCCCGACAGAUAUUUUCUUUAAGAAAAAUCAAUUUAUUUAUAACAUUGCGCGUGAAUCAUUGCACAAAAAAACACAAAAAAGAUGUUACUAAUAUACCUAAAUAAAUUACCGUAUACAAAAUAUAUUUAAAUAUUAAGAAAAAAACAGAGGAAGACACAAAAUUUCACAAAGCCUUAAACUAGUCUGGACUGAUAAAUUAUUUAUCACACACGGAAUGUCGAAAAAAAGGAUACCAAAAAAAAUUAUUCUCUACUAGUUAAUAAUAAUAGAUAAAAUGUCAAAAAAAAUGAAAUUAGGUGUAAAUAAAUAUUGUAAUUUAGCAAUGAAGAAAUCUAUUGAAAAAAAUUGUCAAGAAGACAUUUCCCGGGGAGAGGAUUUGUUCCUCAAGAAGAAAACCUGGGGAGGGACAAAUGCAAUUUUUCAGUGUAAUAUUUGUGGGAAUUUUAGGUGAUCGCUUUAUAGGUUGUCGUAAUUAUUGAAUUGCGGAUGGAACAUGCGAAGUUCAUUGUGUCUAAAUUAAUUCUCCAACUCCUCCCCCCUUAAUGAAUGACAAACCACUCAAUUAAAGUCUGUAGAUAGCAUUACCAAAGUUACAUAAUAAUAUCUAAUUGAUUGUAUGACAUCUUCUUUCCUUUCUCAAAAAUUUCAAUGCGAAACGAGAUGGUGGAACAGGGACGUGGGGCGAGGUGUGCCCUACAAAAAUAAAGUAAAACACACACAAAGUUUAUGUAGAUUUGUAAUUAUUUGUUCUUUCUCCCAUUAAUAAUAAUUGUUCUGUUUCAACUGAAUAUAUAUUCUCGGAAAAGAUUUAAUAAAAAAGAAAAUAUUUCAAAA